UGAAACGAAGUCGGCACGCCAGCACGUCCAGAUUUUCUGUAGCAGCACGCCCGACGGUGUCAAUCAGUGGCAUCGGCGCCGCCUUCUCUCCUCUCACCGGCGGACGCAGCACGGCGACACGACACGUGCGGGUGCGUCCACGGAAGCUGCCGGUGCCGACCUCCGCCAUCUCAUCGGUACAUCAUCCAAGACGCGCCUCACCGCGGGCUGCCUGAGUGAGCAGCGUGUGCCCGUGUCCUCCAUUUCACUUCACACCUUCUCUGCAGGUGCAACGCAAUACCCUGGAAAUUACACAAGGGCGAACAAGAAAAGUCUCCCUCCUUUCCAGUCACAGACUCGCUUCACUCCACUGCUCGCACUCUCACUCCCACUCUCGCUCGCUCCGUCGGCGAGUCCGCCCGCGCCGCGGGCAUGGCCGUGAGCAACAACAUCACGGCGUGCCUCAACUUCCUGGCCCUAAUCUGCACCAUCCCGGUGGUGGCCACGGGCCUCUGGUUCGCGUCCAAGCAGGGCGCCGAGUGCGCGCGGCUGGCGCGCUGGCCCGUGGCCAUCCUCGGCGGGCUCCUCCUCCUCGUCGCCCUCGCCGGCUUCGUCGGCGCCUACUGGAACCGCCAGGGCCUGCUGGCCGCCUACCUCUUCGCCAUGGCGGCCCUCAUCACGCUCCUCCUGGCGCUCCUCGUCUUCGCCUUUGCCGUCACCCACGGCUCCGGCGCGUACGACGUGCCCGGCCGCGCCUACCGCGAGUACCGCCUCGAGGGCUUCUCCGGCUGGAUGCGCGGGUACGUCGCCGGGGACCCGCGGCGGUGGGAGGGGAUCCGGGCGUGCCUCGCCGCCUCGGACACCUGCAAGAAGCUCACCAUGGAGACCGCCUUCUUCAUCGCCCCCGAGCAGUUCUACCAGUCCGACCUCUCCCCUCUCCAGUCCGGCUGCUGCAA